AUGGAUAAUAUAGAAAAUCAAAGCGGGAAAAAGUAUGAAUAUUUAAGCAACAAUUAUGACACCGUGUACAACGAAACGGAAGAAGAGAGAGAUGCUAUGAGCAAGAAUUAUCAUAGCGGUAUGAACUACAGCUAUGGUCAGAACUUGCUAAACAAAAGUAACGGCACGAGCAUGUACGUGAACGGCGGCAUGAGCGGCAACGUGAAUGGCAACAUGAACGGCAGCAUGAACGGCGGCAUGAACGGCGGCAUGAAUAAAGGCGCGCACAGCGCCAACAACGGCAUGAAUGGCAACUUCCACUACGCCAAGAACAGCAAAAAAUACAACUCCACCAUGGAGAAAGAAAAACUGAUAAGCAACAAGUCCAUGUACAGCAAAAACCAGAGCGGCUACAGCAGCGGCGGCUACAACGGCGGCGGCUACAACGGCGGCGGCUACAGCAGCGGCGGCUACAACGGCGGCGGCUACAACGGCGGCGGCUACAACAAGGGCAACUACGACAGUAACGAGGAAGACUGCUCCGAAACGCACUACCAUUUUGAAAAUAAAUACAAUUCGGAUAAGGAUCUAGAAAACAAUCGCAUCCUGAUAGAGUCUGACGAGUUAAUCUCGUCAAGAAGAAAUCACAUGCGAACCAAACUGCAAGUCCUAAUAAAGGUACUAAUAAUCGUGGCCAUCUUCUUUCUCCUAGUAUUUUUGAUUACCAAAUUUAAAAAAUUUUUAAACCUAAUUAAUGUAGUUAUAAAGUGGGUAGGAGAACAAGGUUCCUGGAGCAUCCUCCUGUUCAUUUUGUUAUUCACCUGUACGUCCCCCCUGUUCAUGUCAGUCGAAAUUAUGUGUGUUGGUGCGGGACUUAUAUUCUCAGGGGUUUACGGGAAAUUUUUGGGCAUAAUUGUCGCCGUUUUUUCUGUUGCCACGGGGUACGUCUUGGGAAUGUCACUAUGCUUCUUCAUUUCAAGAUAUUUAAUGCACGAUUUUAUUUAUAAGAAGCUAAUGGUCUAUCCGAUUUACUUAGCAUUUAAUCAAGCCAUAAAUUCGAAUGGGCUGUCUUUUGUCCUGUUGAUUCGUUUGUCUCCUAUUUUGCCGGCCUCCGUCGUUAGCUAUAUACUGGGCGUUACGUCCCUCAAGUACAAGGACUUUGCGCUGGGAUCCGUCUCUGCCUUGCCCAGUAUAAGCAUAUUUGUCUACAUUGGCGUUUUGCUUCAGGACAUUUCCAACAUAUCUGAAAUGGAGAACCACUGGGCCAACCUCAUCGUCCUCUUCAUUGGCUUCAUCCUGGGGGUCGUCGCCAUUGCGUACAUUUCCGUCGUGACCAAGCGCAGAUUGAAUAACCUGAACAUAAUGAACUCGUCCCUGUCGACCACCAACAUCGACAUCGAGUGA